AUGAACUAGGCCUAGUAAUAAAACAACAAUAAUAGCAAUAAUAGCAUUUAAAAUUUAGAGCAAUCCGUGCCUGACACACAGUAGAUUAUUAAGAAAGCUCUAAACAUUAAAUCUUUGAAAAAGAAUUUCAGUUUAGAUAAGUUAAAGCAAGGGCCAUAGAUUACUCUUAAGUAGCUUAGAAGUGGAGAUAAUUUGAAGACAACAUAAUAUUAAGAGAUAACUGCAAACAUAAUCAAGCACACUAAUGCCAAUAAGCCAGAUGAAAUCGUUGAAAGUAUGACAUUUGAAGAGCCAUCAUCAUCAGAAUAACUAUUGCACCAAGAGUUGCAGCAGAAUUAGCCAAAAAAAGCAAAUAAAUAGUAUGAUAGAAUAGAGUCACAUCAUCCGACAAUUAAAGAAGAGAAUAGCUAGGAUGAGAGCGGAUCAUUCUACCGCUAGAAGAAAAAAGACUCAUUCAAAGUCAGUCUAAAGACCAAUCGUGAAAGCACUAAUGGAGAGGGUCAAGGAAUAAAAAUGAAUAAAAAUAUGUCAUACUCACCUAGUAGAAAGUAACUUAGCAAAUUUAUCAAGCAAUCAAAUAUAAUUAAAAAAGAAAAUAAAAUGGAUAUGCUUAAAAUAUAGAAUGAUUUAAAGCAAGUUAUUGAAAAUAACACUCAAAAGGGUGUAAGCAUCACUCUAGGAAAUAAGAAUAUAAAGAUUCUGAAAAAUAAUAUUACCUUACAAGACAGUCCUCAAAGAUUCAACACUAAAUUUGACAAGAUUAGAUAGAGUGUUGAAAAUAGCAAAGAAUUCAGGGAGGAUUAAAUGAAGAAUAAAUUUGAUAGUACUGAAAUGGAGGAUAUCAAUGUAUUAAGUCCUGCAAAGUAAUAAAUCAUAAGGAAUAAAUAGUAACUGGUCUCUAUAAGAUAAGGUCUCAUUAAAAUAAACAAAAAAAGUAACCUAAUAAGGGAGUCUAGGAAUGAGGUGUCACACAAUAAUGAUACCUUAGCAGAGAUCUAUGAUUUAAAGAUUUAUGAUAAAGAUAGUAACAGAGGAGGUAAUCAAUCGUUCAGAGGAAGGAAAUAUGGAGUAUCUCCCAGAAAUAUUAGCAACAAUAACUCACACAGAUCAAAUAAGAACAAUGAAUCUUAAGAGUUCGCUAAUGAAUCACUCAAGUUGCCCUCAGUUAUGAAUGAGAACCAUUAUCUCAGAAAAUCUCUAGAAUCUCUCAGAUAGAGUAAAGAGGAUGCUGCCAAAAUGAAAGAAUUUCAUAGAGAUUUAAAUUCAUCUCAAAGGAGCUAGAGAAGUUACAGAUAACAAUCGCAGUUGCCUGAAACGAUUGAGAAUGAACAAUAUCCCAUAGUACCUAUCAAUAGGGGUCAAAAGAUUUAAUAAGAUUCUUAGCUAAAACAUUUAUCAAAAGUGGUAAGCGAGCUGCUCAAAGAAUAGUUGGAACUCAAGAACAAAUUAACAUAGUAGGAAUAGAUAAUUUCUAAUUUGCAAUAAUCACAAAGUCAAUAAAAUUUCCACUAGCCUUAGUAAGAUAGUGAAUUGAGGACAGAUGAGUAAGUUCUGAAUGGACACAAAGAACAGAACAUUUAAAGAAGAAGUUUGAAAUUCUUGCCGAAAAACAAGAAUUUAUUAUACAAUACGACAAACUCAAAUCAUCACUUUAUGAUGUAAACUUAGGACCAGCAAGCAAAUACCAAGAAUAUACCAAUAAUAACAAUUUCAAACCAGAAGCAAAAUGCUGGACUACAAAGAUAUUUAGAGUAAACUUCAAAGAUUUAAUCUGGACUAUCUUCAGCUGGUAGUUAUGACAUUCCUAAUUAGGCUUCAGAUUUUAACUCUGUUUCAACCCCUUUAUCUUCAUAAAAUGGAGUUAAUAAACAAGAAAGGUUUCAUAACGUGAUAAAGAUCUAAAAAGAUAAGAUUUAAACCGCACAAACAAUUAAGAACACCUAUCAAAACAUCAUCGUGAAUAUGAAUUAAACCGCUUCGAAUUCAUAAAACAUCCAAAAUACUACUAAUGAUCCAUAGUCUGAAUACUAUCAUAGGCCAGAGACUCGAAUCUUGAAAAUAAAGAAAUCAGAUCGAAGGAAAAGGUAUGAAGUGAAUGCUAGCAAUGAAAUUGGUAACACUUAAGAUUACCAGACACAAUAGGUAUAUAGUGUGCCAAAAAUAAAACUCAAGUAAAUUCAUCCUCCACAGACUUAAAGUAGUGAAUCUGAUAGUGGUUACAAUUUCAGCUUUAGCGGUAGAAUCAAUAUUCCUAAAGUAGAUAUUGAUGAUAAGCAGAAUUAAAACCCCAAUACCGCAUAAUCAGCGAGUAAUCAUUAAGUUGAGAAUUCGGAUACAUCUUAAAACGGAGCUAACAAUGGUGAAAUGCCUAGACUAACUUCUGUUUAGAGUAAUUAUUCAAUUAGCUCUCUUGGAACUUAAAGUAACAAUCAUCAAAAGAUAGGCAUCAACCUUAAAAAAUUCCCCAAAGACUUCUUUUCACCUAAGAAUUCUAGAAUACUAAGCCAAAUAUAAUAAAGAUAGUAGUAUGAAAGAAAUAACACAACUCCUUCGAAUCAUAUUUAACUGGAAUGA